AUGUUGCCCCUGGUUCAGAUGCACCAGAUGGUGCACGCCUCUCCUCGUAUCGACGCCCCAUCGCUCCGUCAGCCUGAUCGACCCCACGACCACCAACGCCCUUUCCGCCCCUUUGCCCGCCCUUCGAGCUCUCCCGGCCAAGUCCUCGGCCCCUCCACUCCUCACCCCGCUUUUCCCAUCCGCACCUCUCAGGCCCAGCCACCGCGCCAGGGACAUCCGAGAUCGAAUGGCCUCAUGAACCUUCCUUACCUGUCGGAGCCGGGCGAGCACCACCUGAGGCGCAAGACUCCGAGCGGCACCAUCGACGCCGGCUACGAUGGCACACCAGCUCAGCUCGCAUCCGGGCCACCGCCCCUGAAGCACAUGAUAUUGCCUGCCUCAUCGAAACCCCUUCCCGCCCCAACACCUCUGCAGCCGGACUUCCGCUCCGCCCUUCAUCCCAUCCGCUCGUCAGCCGAGGGCUGGGCAUACCGGUCGUCUCCGUCCUUCGGUAAUCUGGACGCAGGUGGUGCCAUGCGUCCCGACUCGAAUCUGCUGCCUUUCAGAGGCGGCUGGCCCGCUGGGCCGGCCAACGACUUCCGCUCUGAUCUGGCAGCCGACUUCGCCCCAAACGGCCCCUCUGCCACUUAUCUCCCCUACAACAACGGGGUCAGAGUGCCAACUGCCCUGCAACCUACAUAUCAGCAUCCGCCGGGGCCUGCCGUCUUCAACAACGGCGGUCUGCUCCCGCCUUCCCCAUGGCCAGAGGCUCACGUCCCUGGCUAUCACCAUGUUCCGCACGCCGCAAUGCCCUUGUACUAUGGCCUCAACCAUCCGGCGAUGCCCCACCCCCGAUCGCCUGACGCGCUGGUGCCCAUGGGCUCACAAUUUAAUGCUCAAUCUCCUUAUGACCUGGUCUCGGGUCCCUAUCAGGCACCGUCGCAGAAGCUCGAGUCCCUCACGCUCGAGUCUACUCGAUAUAAUUCGUCCCAAGUCCUUGUUCCACACGCUCAAUCGCCUGCCAGGUUUAGAGAAAAGGCUCUGGCACAUGCACACCGAGCACAUGUCGAGUUGUUAGCAUACCUGCAUCAUAGCAAGAAAUCUUCAAGCCGCUCUACAGCAGGGACAAGGUCUUCGUCGAAAAUGGUCAUAUUCCCAAAACUUCCCAAGCCGCUCAACCGUUCGUUCAGCGCGUUCAGUCCGCAGCACCCCCGCGAUGUGCAAAUGAAUACCGAUGUGAGAAGUGACAACUAUGCAAUGAGCACACAGCUCCAGACCCCCACAGACUCACACAUGCUGCCCGUCAUGAAGCACCACUCACGAGGAAAUGAAGUGUCGAAUCCAGCAUUCUACCAUCUCUUCAAGGUUGAUGGCGCACACGUCCCCAGUGUUGACUCGCCACGCGGUCACACCAUUGCGCCUUUGUCCGGAGCCCAGGCCGCUGUCGAGAUGCUGACCCACCUGUGCGAGCAGAGCGGCUGGAAAUGGAUUGACGGCAUGCUUCUCGGCGGGUGCCUUCACUAUGGACUCGAGCAUUACGAGCAGUCGCUCGAGUGGUUUCAGAGGAUCACCCGCCUCGAUUCUCAUCACGUUGAGGCAAUCUCAAACGCCGCCGCGGCGCUCUAUUGCCUCGAUCGGCACGAAGAAGCGGAGAGUCAUUGGUUGCAAGCUGUUCGUAGACGACCAAGCUACUUGGAAGCCGUCGAGCAUCUCGUGGGUCUCCUCUGUUCAAGCCACCGUAGCAAAGAGGCUGUCGACAUCAUCAAUUUCGUCCAACGCUCGAUUCGUCUUCGCGAUAGUCGCUUUGGCAGCACUGCUGACCCCGGGGCGACCCAACGGACCAACAAUCCUGCCCAGGGCCACGCUGCGCACCAGGCUACGUCCCAUGCUGGAUCGUGGGGCAUCGCUGACUGCUGCGAGGAGUCCAACUCGCCUGGCUUUGGCUCGAGCGGCUAUUGUGUGGCUGGUAGUGAGAACGGUCGUGUUAUUGCUCUGAUCCACGCAAAGGGUAACAUGCUGUAUGCGCUGAAAGACAUUGACCGGGCGUCCGAGGCAUUCGAGGAAGCAGUAUUGAUCAGUAGUGGGAAGACGCUCAACUGUAUUCAUUCACUCAUCCGCAGGAUACAACAGGUUCUAUCACCCGCGGAUCGGCAUGGCAAUCCGGGACAGAAUGAUACGCAAACCGCGUCCUCUGGCCCGCUGCUGCUACCGCCGGAACGAGCAAGGCACACUGCGCAGCUGGUCUUUGCCGCCAACGGCGAACUUCCAGGUCUUCGCUUCGUGCCUGACGGUGUACCAAAGAAGUCGGCAAUCUCUACGACGAGCAACUCGCUUCUGUCACUAGCAAAGAUAUUUCAGGACGCCAUGUCUAACGGCGGCUCGUACCCAAGACUGAUCCGGCAGCCCCCUGGCGUUGGGGACAUCCUGGCACUCUAUUACCUAUCACUGUCACUGUCGGAGAGCCCUUCGACGGCCAAUAAUGUGGGGAUCCUUCUCGCCAGUGUCCAGCAGUCAACGUCGUCUCCGCCUCAGCAGAUGCUGGAGCAUGCCAACGGGCCCCAAAUUCCCGGGAUAACCCCUGGCAGUGGACUGGCUCUGGCUCUUGCUUAUUACAACUACGGCCUGAAGUUGGACUCGAAGCACGUCCACCUACACACAAAUCUUGGCAGCCUGCUGAAGGACAUAGGCCAACUUGACCUAGCAAUUCAGAUGUACGAGCAAGCUGUGGCCUGUGACGGCGGGUUUGAUAUCGCCUUGACAAAUCUCGCCAACGCCGUCAAGGACCGGGGGCGCAUCAGCGAUGCCAUCAUGUAUUACAAACGAGCCGCCAGCGCGAACCCCCACUUUGCCGAAGCAGUGUGUGGCUUGUCCACAGCUCUCAACUCGGUCUGUGACUGGCGGGGACGGGGCGGAGUGCUGCUCGGCCAUGGGAAGUACGACCGUUGGCACGUGGACGAAAAUGGUAUGCUCAAAGACGCCAGGGAUGAAGAAAGCGGUAGUGGCCUGGUGAAGAAGGUGGUCGACAUUGUUUCCAAACAACUAGCCGACUCGUCUCAUUGGGGUGCCGGCAUACUGCGCAGCGGCGUGCUCGAAACCAUCGUGUCACAGUUGAAAGGUACGGCAGCCGACGAGGUCAAAAGGGGCUUGCAGCUCGAGCUGGAACUUGGAACGUGGGCUGGCCGGCCAUGGGAAGGAUCACGACUCCUCCGACUCGUCGAACGUUCGACCAAGGCGGCAACACAUCGUUGGUACCAGGACAAGUAUGUCCAUGGGCGCCUAUCACGUACCGGGUACCCAAGGACCAGGCUCCCUGUGUCGCUGGCUGUGCCGGCGGCGCCCACUGUUCUGCCCUUCCACACCUUCACAUCCCCACUGACGGCCAAGGACAUUCGCAUGAUCUCGCAUCGGAACGCUGCAAGGAUUUCGUGCUCUACCCUGCGAUCUUCUUGGCUGCCCAGCAUGGUUUACCCGCCUCCGCCACCGCCCAAUCCGCAGCUGAACAUCGGAUAUGUUUCUUCCGACUUCAACAACCAUCCCCUUGCUCAUCUGAUGCAAUCGGUUUUUGGGUUACAUGAUCCUAGGCGGGCCAAGGCGUUCUGUUAUGCCACAACGGCUAGCGACAGAUCGGUCCAUCGGCAACAAAUCGAACGUGAAGCGCCUGUCUUCCGCGACGUGAGCAACUGGCCGGCCGAAAAGCUGGUCGACCAGAUUGUCGAGGACGGUAUUCACAUCCUCGUCAACCUCAACGGUUACACCAGAGGCGCGCGGAACGAAAUAUUCGCAGCGCGUCCGGCGCCGAUCCAGAUGUCCUUCAUGGGAUUCGCCGGUACCCUUGGUGCUGAAUGGUGCGAUUAUCUCCUCGCGGACGAGAUGGCGGUUCCACCGUCCACUUUGCGGCCACGAAGAAAUAACGUCGGUCUUGAGGACGUGUUCCGAGACGAGGAGUCCAGUGAAGCGGAAGACUGGGUGUAUUCGGAGAAUAUAAUCUUCUGUCGGGGCACGUUCUUCUGUUGCGACCAUGCUCAGUCGUGCGAUGCGGACGAGCGAGCCGUCACGUGGCAGGACGAGCAGCGGCGCAGAUGGAAGAUGCGCAAAGAGCUGUUCCCCAAGCUCCCCGACGACACCAUCAUCCUGGGCAAUUUCAAUCAGCUCUACAAGAUUGAUCCGUCAACGUUUCGCACAUGGUUGCGCAUACUCUCCAACGUCCCCAAGGCCAUUCUGUGGCUUCUCCGGUUUCCGGAGCUUGGCGAGAGCAACCUGCGAAGGACUGCCAAGGCAUGGGCGGGCGAGGAGGUGGCCAGCCGCAUCGUCUUUACGGAUGUGGCGCCCAAGCAGCAGCACAUCUCACGGGCGCGCGUGUGCGACCUGUUCCUGGACACGCCCGAGUGCAACGCGCACACGACGGCGGCGGACGUGCUCUGGUCCAGCACGCCUCUCCUGACACUGCCCCGGUACCCGUACAAGAUGUGCUCGCGGAUGGCGGCAUCGAUCCUCAAGGGGGCGUUGCCCCGGACGCGGGAGGGCGAACAGGCGGCUCGGGACCUGAUUGCGUCGGACGAUGCCGACUACGAGGCCCUCGCUACCAGGCUGGCGGGCGGUCUGAGCUACCGGUCUGCCGACGGGCAGUACUACGAGGGCCGCGGGCGGCUGGUGGAGAUGCGCAAGACGCUGUUCGAUUCCAAGUGGACGUGUGCGUUGUUUGACACGCACAGGUGGGUAUCUGACCUGGAGAGCGCCUACGACGAAGCGUGGCGGCGCUGGGUGGCAGGCGAGGGCGGUGAUAUUUACCUUUGA